AUGCAUAUUUCCAAGUUUAUAUAUUUUGGAAAUAUCUCUCACAAAACCUCCAAUUCUGAUGACGAAUAUUUGACUAAAGAGAUUGAUCCCUGCAUUCCUCCUGAGACAUUCUGCUCUGAUGGUGCCAGAACAGAUAGUUUUAUUGGCGACCCACUUUCCAGGGGAGAAAGCAUGAGUAAUGUUGAACCUGAUGAUGAAGAAAAUAACAUUUCUCCUAAUAGAAAGGAAUAUGACAUUGAGAGAUCAGAAUCUGCCCUGAAACAUGAAAAUGAUGUGCAAAAGUAUGAUCACUUAACACAGGCAGUGCCUCUUGGUCUUGAUGAAUUCAAGAGCAGGGCAGCUAGUCCGAAAAUCAAGUCAGGCACUAGUCCCUCUGAAAGUGUAAUACAUAGAGUGGAUCAGGGUGGUGCAGAAUACAAUUAUGCUUCAGAAUCAAAGGAAGCUAAAGUUCUAUCUUCUAACAAAGAAGCUAAGGAUAGCAAUGUUCCUGAUCCAGUUGAAGAAAUCCGUCAACAACCUGGCAGGAUGCCCGGGGAUACUGUCCUCAAGAUUCUGAUGCAGAAAGUUCAGAAUCUAGACAUAAAUUUAUCUUUUUUAGAGCAGUAUAUGGAAGUCUUAAAUUCUAGAUAUGUCAAUAUUUUCAAAUUGUACAGCAAAGAUAUAGGAGAGAAAGAUUUACUUAUAAGGAUGAUCAAAGAAGACAUUAGGAGUUUCCUUCACCAGCAGGAAGUUAUGAUGAAAGAUGUUAGUGAACUUGAUUCUUGGAAGUCUCAUUUUUCUGUGCAAUUUGAUCAUAUACGCAGGGACAAUGCUAUUUUGAGGAAUGAGGUUGAAAAGGUCCUGGAAAAUCAAGUAUCCUUGGAAGAUAAGGGCGUGGUUGUGUUUCUUGUGUGUGUUAUUUUUUCAUUGAUUGCUAUAUUACGGCUAUCUCUGGAUAUGAUUAUAAGCAUCUAUAGAGUACUCAGUUUUAACAAAACAAUUCACUCCAGGAAAUUUUACCAAGAUAGUUCAUCCUGGUUUCUCCUAUUGCUGAGUUGUAGCAUUAUUAUUUUCAUAUUAACUUCAUAAUAAUCCAGUUUUUCCAAAGA